AUGUCUAUUUCAGCUAAUUUCUCAUUUGAAUCAUCAUCACCAGAGCUUAAAAAACGUUAUUUAUGUUCAUAUUGUCAUUAUCUACUUGUUCAACCAAAAUUUAUAGCCUGUGGUCAUCAAUUUUGUUCUCUUUGUCUUGAAAAAGUUAUCAAAUCUAAAUCAUCAGUUUGUUCGGUAAACGAUUGUGGAAAAGUUAUCACACAAGAAGAAAUUUAUCCAAAUAUACCUAUGGAAAGUGAACUUGAACAUUUUAAAGACAUCGUAUGUCGUAAUCAAGUAAAUGGUUGUUCUUGGCAAGGAAAUUAUUUGUCUUAUAAAGAUCAUUUACAAACAUGUCAAUUUGAACGAUUUCAAUGUGAAUGUUGUUUAACAAGUUUUGCCCAUCGUCUUUCAUAUGAAGAACAUUAUUCACUUUGUCCAAAAGCUCUUGUUGCUUGUCCAUUUAGUCAAUUCGGAUGUAAUACUCAGAUUCCUCGUGAAACACUUCGCGAUCAUGUUAUAUCAUCAUCAGUUGAACAUCUACAAAUGAUUGCUGAUAUUCUUUCAACAAUUCAAACUGAAUCAACUAGUACUACGUCGCAAGCAUCUGCUGGAUCUUCUUCUUCUACUGCAACAACAGUAGUAAGUGAAAAAAGUGAAAUAAAAUCUUUAAAAACUGAACUUAUACGAUUAACUCAAAUCAAUGAACAUUUAUGUACGGAACAAAAAUCUUAUCAAUCAAUGCUUACUAAACAUGAACGAGAUGUUAAUCGUGCAUUAGUUAAUUCACAAUUAAAUAAAGGUGAUAUAUGUAAUUUAGAAAAGAAAAUUCCAUCAUUAAAAUCAUAUAAUUAUAAUGAUGGUACAUAUGUAUGGAUUAUAGAAAAUAUUCAAGAUUUAUUUCAUAAUGCUAAAAAUGCUCCUCAACCAUUACAUAUUGCAUCACCUUCAUUUUAUACAUCAAAUGAUGGUUAUAAACUUUCAUUAAAAUUAUAUUUAAAUGGUGAUAAAUCUGUACGUGAUACAUAUUUAUCUUUAUAUGUAACAAUAAGACGAAAUGAUUAUGAUUCAUUAUUAGAAUGGCCAUUUCGUUAUCCUAUAACAUUUUGUUUAUUUGAUCAAAGUACAAAACAUGAUCAUGUUGUUCGAACAUUAACACCGGAUAUUGAUAGUAAAUGUUUUCAUCGACCAGAAAUGGAUUCCAAUGUAAGUGCUGGUAUACCAGAAUUUUGUCCAUUAUGGAAAGUAUUUAGUAAAGAUUUUGGUUAUGUUCGAAAUGAUAAAAUGUAUAUUAAAACAUGUGUAGAUUUUAAUAUUUUUCCAGCAAAAGUUUGGUCACAUUGGACAAAAUUACAAUCAUGUGGUUUACCUAAUCAUAUACAAUAUAUUAAAUUAAAAGAAUUAUUAGAUGAUAAUGAAGAGUGA